AUGGCCACUUCUGAGAUUCCAAAGAAGCAAAAGGCUAUUAUCUAUGAUAAGCCUGGAACUGUGUCAACCAAAGUAGUGGAGAUAGAUGUCCCCGAGCCUGGCGCAGGCGAGGUACUGGUCAAUCUCACGCACUCUGGUGUAUGCCAUUCAGACUAUAGUGUCAUGACAAAUUCUUGGAAAUUCCUCCCACACCCUACGCAGCCCGGCCAGGUGGGUGGUCACGAAGGUGUUGGUAAGAUUGUGCAGCUUGGCCCCGGAGCUGAAUCCUCUGGCCUCAAGAUUGGAGACAGGGUGGGGAUCAAGUGGCUUUCCAGCGCUUGCACGAACUGUCAACCUUGUCAGGCUGGCUCAGAAGGUCUCUGCGUCAACAAGAAGGUUUCCGGAUACUAUACCCCAGGCACUUUCCAGCAAUAUGCCUUAGGCCCCGCACACUAUGUGACUCCUAUUCCAGAAAGCCUGGAAUCAGAUGCAGCAGCACCCAUGCUUUGUGCAGGUCUCACGGUGUACGCUGCUCUCAAGCGAAGCAAUGCCCGCCCUGGACAUUGGAUCGUCAUUUCUGGUGCUGGUGGUGGACUGGGCCACAUUGCCGUCCAAUUGGCCAGCAGGGGCAUGGGACUGCGUGUAAUCGGCAUCGACCACGGCAGUAAAGAGGAGCUAGUCAAGGAAUCCGGCGCAGAACACUUCGUUGAUCUCACAAAAUUCCCGAGUGAUGACAACGGCGAAGCUAUAUCCGCCCAUGUCAAGUCCCUUGCUGGUGACCUAGGUGCUCAUGCAGUCAUCGUCUGCACGUCUUCCAACGCAGCCUAUGCCCAGUCUGUGCAGUUCUUGCGCUUCAACGGGACAAUGGUUUGUGUAGGACUCCCUGAGCACAACCCUCAGCCCAUUGCGACUGCGUUGCCCGUAACCUUGAUAGGCAAACAUUGUUAUAUUACAGGGUCAGCUGUUGGAAAUCGGACUGAGGCAGCAGAGGUGUUGGAAUUUGCGGCGCGGGGCAUAGUAAAAACGCACUUCCGAACGGAGAAGAUGGACAAAUUGACCAAUGUCUUCAAGGAGAUGGAGCAGGGUAAACUACAAGGACGAGUUAUCCUAGACUUGUCUUAA